GCACCCUCUUCUGUUGGGUAUACGUCGUAGCUAUACAACAUCGGCGAUAUCAAUUGGACCACCAGCAGGGAAUAGUGUAGCGAUAGCUGUGAAUUGCCAUGAUUAUGGUACCAGUAUUAAGUAUUUGAGUAGACAAAGGUAGCAUAUCGGCUUUCGGUUAACCUGAACGAAAAAACAUCAAACCAGUUGCUGUUCUGCUGACGGAUCGGUUAGUUUAGGACGACGACCGGCGCGGCAGCAGAUAAACCUGAAAAAGGAAGCAAGUGAUAUACUUAUACGCGUACCUAGUGUGAACAACAAUUAGUCAACAGCGAGGCAGGAAAAAAAACCUGCCCAAAGGUGAACAUGAGCAACGUCAAUAUCGCUGGUGGUGAUAGCAGCGCCAGUGGUGGCGGUGCCAGUGGAAGCAACAGCAGCAGCAACAAAUUCAGCAAGAAGAAUUCCGUGACCUUCAGCGAGCAAGUCGACAUCGAUUCCGACGAUAGGUCUGCAUUCAAAGAGAAACAGCAGCAACAGCUUCUUCUAGUACCGAAACCAGAUGGAGAAUCCAUUCAACUGAUCCCGAAAGCUGCUACAUUUGCCACCAUGCCCGUCAAGUAUAAUCACCAUGGGUCGACAUCCUUAUUGGAUCAAAUUCCCGAGGAUUCCCAACCGGAGAAGAAACCAGCUUCGACAUCCCACACCAACGGCGCUACACCGAGAAGGCCUUCGGUAGUGGUACAAGACAUCCUAUCUACACACAGGCCGUCGGCCAUUAUGUCCGCCCUACGGAGGGGCUCGAUGGCGUGGCUGCCUGGUAGAAGCAAGUCCGGCCAGCACGGGCACGACUACGAGUCCAAUAUGGGCAGUAAGGCAUCGCUCAGCCAAAUUCCCCACGGAACCGGUGCACACAGUGAACUAGCCAUGGAGUCUCGACGGAAGAAUCGACGAAUCGGAGAUGAUGCCCUGAGCACGGCCCUAUCAGCGCUGUAUGCCAAGGUCAUAGUAAUUCUCGGCAUAGCACUACCCGUAACGGAGAUCCUGUCCUCUCAAAUUCCCGCCAACGUUUAUCAGGGGUUCUAUCUGUACCUGUAUACAGUGAGCAUUCUAUUCGUUAUCUUCGUUUACGCGUCCAACAUGAGACGACGAGCGGUAAUGACCUUGAUCAAGACUUAUCAUGAAAAGACGAAUGCAUACCCAACGAAGAAGCGUGUUCCACACUUCGGGAGCUUCUACCUGCGAGUGGGAGCGAUCGCGUUCGGUAUCGGAACCAUGGUAUACUCGGGGCUCGAGUUCGGGCAGUACUUCGAGCUGAACGCUUCGCCAGGUUGUUCGAGCAUCUACGUGGCCCUAACACCGGCGACUCGCAUGCUUCUGUCCAUUGUACAGAUGCAGUUCAUCUUUCUGAACACCGCCGAGCUGGACAUGGCCCGCCACAAGGUGUUCGCCCGGUUCGGCCUGAUGCAUAUGAUUGCAACGAAUCUCUGCGAGUGGUUGUACAUACUGGUUGAGGAAACGAAGCACGAAAUUCACCACCUGGCGCACUCGCACCACCACAAUGAUGUUGUGUCUGCCAUCAUCAACACGACAACCACGACCAUCGCUUCCGCAACGACAAACUUCGACAGCAGUAGCGAAGAGGACACCGAUUUUCUUCUCAAUGCCGCAUUCCAGAACCGCACCAAACGGACUGCCAGCCAUGAUGCAGCCGAAUACAUCGAAUGCCAACGUACCAACAUUAUGGGCACGUUGGUGCAGAAUGCAUCUCCGUUUCUGUUCCCAUGCACCAUCGAAUACUCGCUCAUUUGCGCAGUUAUUCUGUAUGAAAUGUGGAAGAAGGUGAAAACCAUCGCCGAAAUCGACCGAACGCGCAGAAAUUCUCAAAAAGUGCACAGCGUAGUCCAUACGAAGAGUGCCCACCACUUCUCCGUAGACUGUUCCCGAGCGCACCGUGGAAUGUUCGGAGGAAUCAUCAUCACCGUCAUGACCAUCAUCUGUCUGAUUAUGUACUUUGUUCUACACGACGAACCCGGCUACGAGUACUUUGCCUUGCAAGAAGUUACCAUUGCCGAAACGGUCCUGUAUUCGAUAACGGCUGCGGGCGUCAUCUUGGCCAUGAUCAGAAUGCGAGAUCUCAAAUACUGCAAAAAACACAACGACAAACAUGCAAGUUCCGUUAGUUUGGACUGCACCCUUCUGGUGUUGGCCCAAACCGGAGUGUACGUCUACGGCAUGUUCAGUAUCGUUGGGAGCUACUUUGCGAUACAGAAAAACAUCUACGGAGCGCAGGAAGGACUCAUAGCCGAAGUUUUCAGCUUGGUGCAAACGUCCAUGCAGACGCUGUUCAUCCUCAACGCAGUUUGGCGGAAAUGUCGCGGUACUCAACAGAAUCGCACAAAACCCGGUCGCGAGAUUGUGACUUUUCUUCUGGUGGCCAAUAUGGCCAUGUGGUUCAUCAACACCUUGGUGAAGGGAAGAGCCAGUUUCCGACCAACUCAUCUGGACUUCUUCGGCACCUGGGCGUGGACGGUCAUAACGCACGUGUCAAUGCCGUUGGCAAUCUUCUACCGGUUCCACUCCACUAUUUGUCUUUUUGAGAUAUGGAAAUCGACGUACAAGGUGAAGAGUGGUGAACAUCAUUAGAGUAUUACUGUAUGUAUAUAGAUAGUCCACUAAGUACUUAAAUGUGAUAAGAAUGAUUCAUUUCGUGAGACAAACCAGUGAUUUGUGUAGAAACGAGAUUAUUUAUUUUUUAACAGUUAAUAUAUUGAUUACAGUUUUAUCUAUCAAAGACAA